AUGUGUCCCGGGGGUAUAUUCCACCAACCUGCUCUUGUCCCACCGGAGAACCAGCCAAACCGAGGAGGAGUAGGGAGUGAGUUCAUCCCAAUUACAGACGCGGGUAACGGGCCUAAUGAGGAGACAGGUGGCCCCGUCAUGGAGAAAAGCCCCGCGCGGUCAUUAAAGCUAACAAAGGCGCCCCCUACGGCUGGGAUUAGGGGCUGCGGCAGUCAAUACACCCCCCAUCCCUCCCUUCGCCUCUUCCCUAUCCCGUUGCCUUUCUGCUCUUUAUCUGCAGCGUGUUUGGGGUCUGCGUGCGAUAAUCAGACCGCGGGCAAGAGUUUGAAGAGCUACGUGUGA